AUGGGAGAGGAUAUUCCAAACAAAUUUUUCGGAAAGUUCACACUUGAAAAAAGCGAGAACUUUGACGAAUUUCUUGCUGCAAAAGGAGUUUCCUGGUUUGUUCGUCAAAUGAUCAAGUUGGCCAGCGUUACUAAAGUCAUUGGAAAAAACGAAGCUCCUGGAAAGUACAAUAUGGAAAAUUUGACGUCGAAAAAAAAUACUAUCUAUCAUGGAUGGGAGCUCGGAAAAACUUUUGAAGCUGAGGGUCUUGACGGUGUUCAACAUAAGAUUACUUUCAACUUCAAGGAUGGCGUCCUUUCUGAGCAUCAUAUUCGUCUAAACGAUCCCGAGCACAGUGCUGAAACUUAUUACUACACUAUUGAUGAGAAUGAUAAGCUUGUUUUGACUAUGAAGGCUAAUGGCAUCACUUGCAAGCGUUGGUUCAAACGCUCAAAUAAAUAA